AUGGCAACGUGGAGUAAUAUGAAAUCCCGCAUCACCGCCACAGUGCGUACUACGAGUCGCAUGAAUGCUUUACUGUCUGAAUCUCUGCUUAGCAAACGUAAAGCCAUGGUGAAAACAGCUACUAAUGAAGAAGAAGAGGAAGAGGAAGUUGAAAAUGCAAAACCGAAAAAUAAUUGGAAUUUUUUCCAUACAAAUUUCUGUAUGGAACAAGUACAUAAACUAAUCGAGACAACGAUCGAGGAACGUCUUACAUGGGAUCGCUUCAGUCGCUCGUACGAUUCUUGGCGAGCAUUACAGUUGACCGAGAAUUUGGCCGCCGAGAUAAGAGAUCGUGUUCGUAAAUGCAACUAUAAGAGAUAUCGUAUUGUUUGCUUGCUGUCGCUUAUCGAGAAACAAAAUCAAGGCGCAACAAUGUCUAUGCGACAUUCGAUGGAUGAGAAAAUGGAUAAUUUCACGAGUCUCAUUUAUGAGCGUCCAACAUAUUUUAUUAUUGCGAUCGUGUAUUUGGUGCAUAAGGAUUAA